UGACAGUUGAGAAAAGGCGGGAAAUGGAAACUGUAAAAGAGGGUGGGGGAGGGGGCACAAGACAGGAACCGCUGAAGGGGUCAGCGUAGGAGGGAGUUGUAAACUCCCAAUUUUAGCCAUAAAAGACCAUGGAGGAAGAUGACCAGGGUUCUUGGGACUUGACAUCAAAAAUGGAAGAGAUACUCUCACUAGUGAAACAAAUGCAGAAUGUGGGAAAUCUAGAGCCAAGAAUUGAUGACCUAGUAAGCAGGAUCAAUAAACUGCAGCAAGCCAAGAAGAUAUUAAGUGAGGAGCUUUCUGAAGCAAAUGAGCAUAGCGAGUCACUGCAGAGGGAACUAGAAAAAUUAAAUGCUGAGAAGUCAAAUCUUGAGGAAAUAUGGAAUGAGAAGAAAGAGGCCCGGAAGAUCAUGCAGCUGCACUGUGAAGAGACAGAGGCAGAGAUGUACAGGAAGCAGAAAUUAAGCAUGGAGCUGAAACAGAGAAUUGAGGAACUCACAGCUGAGAUCCAGGAGGAGAAACUGAAGCAAAGGCAACAAAGAUUGCAGUUUGAGACGCUACUUGAUGAGUUGACAGAAAAACACAAGAGCCUAGGGGAACUUCAUGCCAGGGAGAAAUCGGUGAUUGGCAUGCGAGAGAGCAAGGAGUGUUGGCUGAGUGAAGAGAAGUUGAUCCAGGGGAAAUUGGCUGAUGUGCAAGAUAAAUUUGAUUUGCUGAGCCAGUCUGCCUUCAGUGAGGAGAGAAAGUUCCUGAAGAGCCAGGAAGCUGCAUCUGCCUUGGAACUGUUCAAAGAGGAAAACCAGAAAGCAAAAGAGUAUCUGGAAACAGUGUCCAAGUACAAUUCUGAUUUGCAUCAAAAAUGUGGGAGACUAAAAACGGAGCUGGAAGACCUAGAGGGGCAGGAUGACUUCAUCAAGGAAGACUAGUUUUGAUGCAUGCUGCAGCAGAGAAUGGAGUACAGGUUCAUGGAAGCAGCAGAAACAGUGAAGCACAGUGUAUGAUGACACAAGUGUAGGAAAUCUGUAAUAUUGGGCAGCUUUUAAUACCCAGGAAAACCAUCUUCCUUAUGGAAUGCUGGAUGCUUGCUUCCUCUGUGGUUAAUAAAGUAGUUCAGUUGA